AUGUCUGGAUACUCAUUUUAGAUUACCUACAGUAGUCACGAUUAAUUGACAAAGCGUUUAUUUCCAUAUAUUGGUAAAUUCAUCAUAAAUUCCAUCUGUUUUAAUGGCAAAAUAUACUUUUUGUCUAGUGUAUUUUUUGGAUUCAAUCACAAUUAGUCCCCAUUUCCAAGAAGUAACUGGCCAGUCUAUGGCGUUUUAUAUGUGAGAUCUGUAAUGCAAGCCCUACAAAUCUCAAUUGUAUUAUUUAGGAGUUAAAUUAUUCAUGUUGGAUAUCAAUAAUAUUGA